UUUCACAACCAGCACGUAUAGUAAUUGUCAGCAGUAUUGGUCAUACAGAUACUGAGAAUGGAAUUGAAUUUGAGAAAUUAAAUGAUCCAAAUGCGCAGGACUCCUUGCAGCGUUAUGCACAAUCAAAACUUGCAAAUGUUUUAUUUACUAACGAAUUGAAUAAACGAUAUCUUGAAGGAGAACAAAUAUAUGCUAACUCUCUUCAUCCAGAUACUUUUUUGUCUUCUUCAAUUUCAUCUGAAGAUGGAGCUAUUACUACCUUAUAUUGUGCUACCAGUCCAGAAAUAGAAGAGAAAAACUAUCGUGGAAGGUAUUUUGAUCCAUAUGGUAUAGAAGGUGAAAAAUCUUCAUUCGCUAAAGAUGAUGAUUUGGCCAAAAGUCUUUGGGAAUAUACAGAGAAUUUGAUAAACGAAAAAUCAUCGCAAAAAUAA